UUCUAGUCACAAAUUGUUCUAUUGAUAAUUCUAGCACUUCAUGAAAAGGUUAUUUCAUUCAGUUGUGCUUGUUCUAUUAUUGUCUCUUCUUUAUGAACACUACUUUCCUAAUUAUUGGAAAGUCCAAGUUACUUAUCCUGAAUGUAUGCCUCUAAGAAAAAGAAAUCUACCGCUUCUUGUUGUGGUUCCCUUCACAAAGUUUGAUUGGAACUAUCUUGAGAAUAACUUGAGACUUUAUGCUUCCUAUCCUCCAUGUUCUUGUAACUUCGAUGGGACAGUAGACAUUCUAUUUUGGUUUCACAGGAACUGGACGGAAUGGGAUAGAAAUGGGACAGCUAGCAACCUUCUGUUUGAGUCUGAGCCCCUACAAUCUUGCUUUCGAUCUAUUUUGAUAGAUUCUGCCAACCUUGAGCCAAAUGAAGAUCUUUACUACUAUUCAUUUCUCAAACUUUCUCAUAUUUCUCCUGGAACAUGCAACAUGUUUUAUCCCCUUUUCAAAAAGAAUUUCAUUCGAAACGGAUAUGAUUAUUUGUUUAUCAUGGAACCAGACGUUUCUCCUAUUCGUCCCUUUUGGUUAGAAGCUGUAUAUAAUGAGACAAAAGGAAAAGAAUUCUACCACAAGGGUUCCAUUGCUCAAUAUGCAAAGCGAAUCAUUACUCAACACGAUUAUCAUAUCAAUGGAAACGCCUUGUAUCGUGUUGGCGACCCUUGUUUUGAUAACAUAUUGGAAACUGCUCAAAUGGAGUAUAAAGAUGCUCCUUUUGAUGGAGCUUUACAUGCUUUGAGAAUGAACAAACGUUAUCAUUCGUGGAUGAGAUAUUAUAGUCAUUUAUUUGUAUAUUCCGACUUCAUUCUGAAUUUUGGAGACAACCCCUUUUCGGAGCAACUUGUUUUAAAUAAGUGGCCAAACACAUUUCUUGUGCAUGGCAAACGUCGUUGGAAUAUUUCUUCCCAGUAACAAUAUGUCAGAGAUGACAAAUUUUCUACUUGCAGAAAAUUUCAGAUU